AGAGACGGUAUAUACCGAGUACAUGCAUGGCACGGCGCAGGGAUUGAUCCCUAUAGUCAGUGCAGUUAUCACUUGACCUGCUGGACUUAAAGCAGUUUGCAGCUGUCAGGGCAUGCUGGGAGUUGUAGUUUUGCAAUAGCUGGAGAGUCACAGAUUGGGGACCACUGCAAUAAGGGCAUGUUCAGGUGAUCGAUAGCAGUGUGUUAGGUUCCCCCCAUUUACUACGGUGACAAAACUGCAUAAGAGAGGCCCUUUUUUCUGAUUAAGAUCUCUGCUUGUUGACAAUGAAUGGGAAAUCUACCAGUUCAUUACAGCAGCUCUGUGCAGAUGUGUAAGCAGGACUCGUCUUCAGCCUCUAUGAAAAUGGUGACAAGCUGAGGCCUAUUAGAAAGUUGCAGACAUUUACACCACUGUGAAGGUUUACAUGAUGAGACCCUGUCCUGGGCCGAUCGCUGUGGUGCGCAGUGUGUGGUCUGACUGCUGUGGAGGUUGCAGUGUGUGAUCUGACGGCUGUGGAGAUUGCAGUGUGUCGCGCAGUAUGUGUAUUUUGACUAGUGUGGAGGUUGCAGUGUGUGAUCUGACGGCUGUGGAGGUUGCAGUGUGUGAUCUGACGGCUGUGGAGGUUGCAGUGUGUGAUCUGACGGCUGUGGAGGUUGCAGUGUGUGAUCUGACGGCUGUGGAGGUUGCAGUGUGUGAUCUGACGGCUGUGGAGGUUGCAGUGUGUGAUCUGACGGCUGUGGAGGUUGCAGUGUGUGAUCUGACGGCUGUGGAGGUUGCGGUGUGUGAUCUGACGGCUGUGGAGGUUGCGGUGUGUGAUCUGACGGCUGUGGAGGUUGCGGUGUGUGAUCUGACGGCUGUGGAGGUUGCGGCGUGUGAUCUGACGGCUGUGGAGGUUGCGGCGUGUGAUCUGACGGCUGUGGAGGUUGCGGCGUGUGAUCUGACGGCUGUGGAGGUUGCGGCGUGUGAUCUGACGGCUGUGGAGGUUGCGGCGUGUGAUCUGACGGCUGUGGAGGUUGCGGCGUGUGAUCUGACGGCUGUGGAGGUUGCGGCGUGUGAUCUGACGGCUGUGGAGGUUGCGGCGUGUGAUCUGACGGCUGUGGAGGUUGCGGCGUGUGAUCUGACGGCUGUGGAGGUUGCGGCGUGUGAUCUGACGGCUGUGGAGGUUGCGGCGUGUCUCGCGGUGCGCAGUGUGUGAUCUGACGGCUGUGGAGGUUGCGGCGUGUCUUGCAGUGUGUGAUCUGACGGCUGUGGAGGUUGCGGCGUGUCUUGCAGUGUGUGAUCUGACUGCUGUGGAGGUUGCGGCGUGUCUCGCGGUGCGCAGUGUGUGAUCUGAUGUGCCCCU